UCAAAGAAACCGUACAGGUUUUCAUCUGCUCUGUUCUAGAGACUUUCAAAUUAAGGGACUACGCCAUUUAGGAUUUGGAGAGCGACGGAAGAAAUCAGGAAAUACCCUCUUUGCGAUCGCAUGUGUUCUUUUGUAUUGCUUUUUUCGGUUGCCUACUCAGUGGAUAUGCAUCGUUCCCAUCUGUAGCACUCUAUGGUGCCCUUGACUGCGCAUCGAGUUUAUGGGCCCCCUGUUCAAUGAUGACUAUGAGUUCAAUGUCGGACAGUCUGGUUGCCUCUGAUCCAUCCAAAUCAGCGUUUCUGGAAUUCGGGCAAGGCUAUCCAGGCCACCAGCAACACUCCCCCGCUUUGUCCCAUAACCACUACCCUGUGCACGGCUUGCAUCCCGUCGGACACUCGCAACACGAUAGCCCAUUUUCUUCUAGCGCGUCAUCCUAUGGCCGCCCGCUAGGCUACCCUUACCACGCUCACCACCCGAGUGCCUACUUGCCAUACCAGCACAGUAGCCACAACAACGGUCUGGGACACACGAGAAUAGAGGAAACAGAACUUGAGAAGCCAACCACGGUGAUCGAGAAUGGAGAAAUUCGACUGAAUGGGAAAGGGAAAAAGAUCAGAAAACCUCGGACGAUCUAUUCAAGUUUACAACUGCAGGCGCUCAACCAGAGAUUCCAGCAAACCCAAUACCUCGCACUACCUGAGCGUGCCGAUUUGGCUGCAAAGUUGGGACUAACUCAAACGCAGGUUAAGAUAUGGUUCCAGAACAAACGCUCCAAGUACAAGAAGAUCAUGAAGCAUGGCCCGGGCGGACCAGAGGGAGAGCACUUGCACCCUGGUUCGUCUGGGUCCCCGUGUUCCCCGGGGAUGGCGCCACUUUGGGACGUUUCCAUGACAAAUAAGGGAACGUCUGUGCACUCUGGUGGAUACAUGAACAAUUUCGGACACUGGUACCCAAGUCACCACCAGGAAUCUAUGCCGAGAACUCAAAUGAUGUGACGGGAUGUGGGACAAUGGAAUGAAAUUCUGUUCACGCUCUCCUCAACUGACUUUACUCAAUCUCAACAUCUCAGUUCGUGUACCUCCUAUUCUGUUUGUAUAGGAACCGCGUAGCCUAUAGGCCUACACUUUUAACAAAUAGCUCCAAAUUGCUUUUUAACAUGGAGGUUAUAGCAGCUGUCACAUUAGAGACUUUUCUCCUGAAAUUACGUUUGAAGGUCUUUUGUUUGGAUAUCAUCCCAGGUUUGGCUUUACAAUUUCUUGGACAUGAAGAAAUGGCCGCACGGAUAUUGCGCCUAUAUUAUAACCUACAGUAUGUGGAUCUGGAUUUUGUAUGCAGUUCAGGUUUAAAUAAAUGCUUAGUGGUAUACUGUGCACUGCUUUUCCUCUUUUAACGAAAUAAGCAAUAUGUUCGCAACUUCGAUCAACAAAAAUACAAAAUUAAUUUGUUAAUCUAAAUAAAAAAAUAAAAAAUAACUUUCGAAAAAAAUUCAAACACCUGUUUUCUUAAAAAGUAAAAUCCCAGGAACUAGGCUAUAUACAUGGGAUCAUGCAUGGAAAACAUGUGGAUGACGUUUUACUGCAAUCAAUAGAUACACUGGCGUGGCGUGGUGAUGCCGGGCUGGGGUGCAAGCUGUCCUUUCACGCACCAACGCCAAACCCCAAAAAUAUUUAACAUAGAGGCCAAGCACGGGCCUCCCAUACCGCGGGGCCUGGUGCAGCCGAAACCCGGAUAGCUACGCCAGUGAAUAGAUGGAAUUACUUUUUUGUUUAAAAUCAGUGGCAACAGCGUUCCGGUUGCUUUCUUAGGCAAAAGAGCAAACAUUAUUGGAACAAGCAUUAUUAACACACACAUUUUGAUGAAAAUGGUAAAAUAAAUGUGCGAUUGGGCAGUUCCUGCACUUAUUUUAGCCCAGGUUAAGCGCAGUUUAAAAUAGUAUAUGAUUUAAAUAUGUUUUUCUAAUACAUAGAUUAAUUUAAAUUAAUUAAUUUAUAUCAAAAAAUUCCAAGGGCACCAAAACAGAAUAAAACAACGAUCUAUAAUUACUCACCCUAAAACAUCUGGAGAAGCAAUAAAGGCAACCAUGGUCAAUGAUUUUAUAAAAUGGGCACGUCAAUUAUAGGUAAUUUGGGAUAUAACUUGUUAAAUAAAGCUUUCACUCCAACACUAUAAUUACCAGCAAUUUGCAGGCAACAAAAUAUAAAAACUGAAAGUCCAUAGGAACUAAUAGGAAAAGGACAAGCAGCAUCACCGGCUUUCGCAGGUCAACGAGGCAAAUGAAUCGUGAUUAACCCAAAUUACUUGCAGGUGUAAUUGUAUACGUAGUCCGAAACAAUUAACUGAAAACGAGAGGUAAAGGACUUGAUAGCUCUCGAGACCAUACCCACGGUAAAUGUAUAGUAUAGGCAUGACAGAAUAUUGAACAAGAACUCUGGGGUGAAUAUUUUUUAUAUAGGUUUUAGAUUAGAUUAGAUUCAACUUUAUUGUCAUUGAACAGUACGAGCAUGGCUACAGUACAACGAAAUAUAUAGGUCCCUCCAUUGUCAACGUGCAGUUGGAUUCUUUUCCACGAAUAUUCUACAGACGGUUAAAUAUGGCCAAAAAAAAAAAUAUAUACACAAAUGUACCUUACUACAUACUUUGUUCUCGGAAUGAAGUUGGUUAAAAUAUGUCAAGGUGCUGCAAAUUCUUAUAGAGCACCUUCUUUUACACCUUCAUUGGCAGUCUUCACCCUCACUGUGUGUGCAAGAGGCACAGGACCAUAGGCCAAACCUUUAACAACUCAAAUAAAAUAUAUAAUCGCAUACCUUGUGGUCAGCAUAAAACGUGCGAAUAUGUCCUUAGCCCAAAGGCUGGUUUUAUUUAAGAAACUUGAGGCUAUAUCCGGGUAAACUGUUAGGCCGGUUUUCAUUCGGCCUCAUUUUAGCCUACACUAGUUAGCCGUGUGCAGGAAACUAACAUAUUCAGUCCAGCAUACGAUAUUAUCAGCAUUAUAAAUGAAAACCAAACAUGGACGUCAAUGUUCUUCGUUUUUUAUACUUUUCGUGGCAACCCAAUCAUUACUGUGGAAGCACAACCGUGCUAAUUACAAAGCGGUCAUUAAAUACUGGUAUAUAUAACGUGUGCAACAUACAGGUGCGUAUGCAGGGCGAAAGAGCAGUCGAAUUAAUAUAAAAUGGAUAUUAUGGAUAACCCUUAAACUUUGAUUGGGAAAGGGUACUAAACAGUUAUACUAUACACCACAAGCUACAGUCAAGGUGGUUCGGGUUUUGUGUAAGAAGACCAAACACAUCAUAUAGCAAGGUAUCAUAAUAGACAUGCAAAUGACAUUCAACCAGUUGAUUUAAUCAAAUCAUAUUGUUAGUGCAAUGCAUCUUAGUCUACCAUUCUUAACACCAAGUGGCAGAAGAGUGUCACAGUGAAAAGUAACAAUCCAAUAGGCCAAUGACAAGCCAACAGCUGUCUCUCAUGCCUCUUCCAUCCCAUCUUUGUUUUUUUUUUUUGUGUUAUAUGUUCCUCUAUAUGAAAAUGAGAGUGGCGAGUGAUGUUUGUGGCAGAAGGGAAACCAUAUCCCUCUCUGUCUUUGAGAGGCAGCAGGACAGCUGUGUACUGGGUUGUGGUCCUCCUCAGCUGUGGUUCUCAGUUCUCAGCCAGCCACCUCCAGAUAACCCCACAAUGACAGACCCAGAAGUGUCAUCCACAUGUAAUGUGGUUUGUUGUCCCAUUAGUUUGCUUGUGGGAAAAAAAAUACAGGAAAUAUGGUUUCUUGUUUGACUUAACUUGUCUAGCUGGUAUAUCACGUGAGUGACUGCAAGCUUUGCCCAUACUUGUUCCUCAAACCACCAUAAAUA